AUGGCGGUGGCAGAUCCCCCAUCUUCGCCGCCCAACGCAUCGACCAGUACCGCCGACGCCAUCGCUUACUACAAGUCGCAGUAUGAGCUGCUCGAAGCCGAACUGGCUGAUUUCCAGUCGUCGAGUCGCGAACUGGAGGCCGAGUUAGAGAAGGACAUCGAGGCAUCGGAGAAGAGGGAGCGGAAGCUGAAGGAGAAGGUCGAGAGCCUGGGCUAUGAGGUCGAGGAAUGGAAGACCAAGUACAAGCAGGCUAAGUCAGAGGCCAACUCUGUACAAAGCACGCUGCAGAAAGAGAUCACUACGCUACGAGACUCGAACCGGACUCUGCAGCUAAAACUCCGGGACACGGAGGUGGCCAACGAUGACUUUGAGAGACAAGCUCGCAACACGACCUCUUCGCUGGAAGACAUAGAAUCUAAAUACAACAUAUCUAUCGAGCGAGGUGUGCUGCUCGAGGAAGAGAUCAAGAAUGGCGAGCAGGAACGAGAGAUGCUGCGAAUCAAGGAGCAACGCCUGCGUGACGAGCUAGCGGAUCUCAAGGUCGAAACCCAUAUCAUCCAGGAGAAAUUGCGAAAAGCCGAAGCUGCUCUGGAACGAAAGACAAAGUUUUCAUUACUGGAAUCGACUUCAACGAACGGAAUCGGCCAUCGCCUCGACGCCGCAGACCAUUCACCAGCAACGACUACCUCUUCACCCAUCGCAACGCCGCUGACCAAGUCUGCAUCUUCUGUUGCUUCCGAGAUUGCUACACCGCCAUCACCACCAUUCUCUGAGUCAUCUACAAACGGGGCAUUCAGGGGUACUACCCCAAAUAUGUCUCGAUCUCGUGUCUCUAUAUCCGAGUCAAAUGGUAUGCCAAAGCAUCAGAAGUCGGCUUCUCGAUCUUCACGACACUCUCGAGUUCCAUCAGUAUCUAUGAGCAGCACAACCGGCCGCAUUACCCCAUCUGCAGGACGACAACCUACUUCGAAUGGCCUCCCCAAGUCAAGUUCCCUAUACCAAAUCCGAGGACUGAUCGGGAAGAUGCAAAAGCUAGAGGAGCGUGUCCAGUCUGCACGAUCACGACUACCAGCACCGGUGGAUACGCCACCCCGAGCAUCUCCUCGCACCGGCUCUGCCAUGGGCGGCCCAGCAUACAACAUGCCCUCAUCUGUAACGGUCCGCAGCAAUAGGAAGCGAUCAAGCGGUAGUGUGGCCAGCAGCUCAAAGGACAAUAACGAGAUGCCGCACACACCGGUGACCCCUGGGGCCCGAAUUUCCCAAGGACGAGGCUCGUUUGGACUUCCAGCACCAUCUCAGUCAACACUAUCGCGACCAGAAAGUCGCACCAGUAUGUCAUCGCGCUGUUCCGUCAGUAACAUGACCUCGUCAAGCAGCAUCGCUCAGCCGCGCUCUGAGUCUCGCCAAAGCUUAAACAGCCAGAAUCUAAAUGGCUCGCGCACGCCAGGACACUAUACCAGCAACUCGCUGAACAUGAGUAUGGCCAACAUGUCCGACAACCACCACCACCAUAGCCAUAACCAUAAUCAUAGCCAUCAGCAUCACCCAUCAGUUAGCAGCACUAGUAGCGGCGGCGGCCUUCGACGCCCUCGUUCAUCACUAAGCAACUACAACCCAUCCGCCAGUAUGUCGUAUAUCGACGAAGAUAACGCUGAGAUGGACCUGAGUAUGCACACGCCCACACCACGACGCUACGAUAGCGUCGGAUCUGGCAGCUCCAUCCCAACUCCCGCAGCGCUGAGACGAACUAGCGGCGGGAUGUCUUCUAUACCAACACCAGCCGGCCUGACGCCUCGACGGACCAGCUCGGCCAUCGGAAGGAGAGAAGGCGAUAUGGCUCCGCCGUCAGCUGGCAGAAAGAAGGCGAGCAUGACCCCUCGACCGUCUUCGUCUCUCGGUAGCCUCGGCGAGACAUAUUAA